AUGGGCCUCACCCGGCACCCCUCGCCACGUGCUGCUCGUCGGCGAUCCCAGGAGCUUCUGACACCGCCAGCCUCGCCCCCCCUGUCGCCAACAAUAGUCCUCCCCCCUUCGCCGUGGUCCACAAGGAAUGAAGCCCGGUCUGUCGCGCUUCUGCAGACAAAGCCAAGCCAGCCAAUGCUCGAGCUCUGCUCCCCCACAAUGCUGCUGCUGCCAUUGGCUUCGCCUGCCAGGCCGCCUGGGUUCGAGGCCUCUCCCACUCCGCCGCUGGUGUCCAGCGGUCCUCUGCGGCGCACCCCAUCUCCGGUGCAGAGGAGGAGGGCUGAUGCUGCUACCUGUGCGGUGGGGCUUCAGUGCCUCGCACCGUUGUUCGAAGACCGUGAGGAGUCCAUUCUUCCUGCUCCUGCGGCGACCCCUCCUCGGGCCCCUGCUGCUCGCCGCAAGACGAUGGCCGGGGUUACCAUCUCCAGGGUUGGGGGCACCCUGUCCAUCCACAAGACACGGCCGGCCAGUCGUGCCAAAGCCAACGCCGCGCUGGCUUCUCGUGCGGCCGAGUUCCUCGUCUGCCGCUCUCUGGGCAUCAUCAAGGAUGGUGAGGACGUCACCUCGGCAGCUCUUGAUGCCUUUGCCGAGCGUUUCAAGGAGGAGCUUUCGCCGGAGGUGAUCGCAGACAUGCGCAGACUCUUCAAGUUGGAUGAAAGCAACGCCCAGGCUGUUGAAGAUGCCCUCCUGGUGCAUGGUGGAGGAGGAGCGCUGGACCUGGAGAGGCCCGGUGAGGAGGCAGCGCUACAGCAGACGGCCAACUGA